CACCCCUCAUCAAAACAAACUCUCAUUAUCUAUUCUUCAAUUCCAUUUUAACAUAUUUUUCCUCUCUAAAAUAUGAGUCAAGCCAAAGCCUUGCAUUUGGUGUUUGGAGUUCUUGGAAAUGCUACUGGUUUGUUUUUGUUUCUCUCACCCUCGGUUACUUUCAAGAGGAUCAUCAUGAACAAAUCAACUGAGCAAUUCUCAGGCGUACCAUAUGUUAUGACAUUGCUCAAUUGUUUACUUGCAGCUUGGUAUGGGUUGCCUUUCAUAUCACCAAACAACUAUUUGGUUUCAGCAAUAAAUGGGACAGGAAUAGUGAUUGAGUCAAUUUAUGUCCUAAUAUUUCUUGUAUAUGCUCCUAAGAAGGAGAAAAGAAGAAUCAUGGCUCUUCUCUUUGUGAUUCUUGCAAUAUUUUCCACUGUUGCUUUGGUCUCUAUUUUUGCCCUCAAACAGGAGAAGAAAAGGCAGUUGUUUUGUGGUUUUGCUGCCACUAUUUUCUCCAUCAUAAUGUAUGCUUCUCCUCUCUCAGUCAUGAGAAUGGUAAUCAAAACCAAAAGUGUAGAAUAUAUGCCAUUUCUCUUGUCACUGUUUGUCUUCCUAUGUGGUACUUCAUGGUUCAUUUAUGGCCUCAUUGGUAACGACAAGUUUCUCUAUAUUCCUAAUGGAUUUGGGUGUUUUUUGGGAGCAAUGCAAUUGACUUUGUAUGGCAUCUACCGCAAGAACAAAGAUGAAGUCAAGAAGCCCACAAUGGAUGAGAAUUUAGAAAUGGGCCUUGCAGAUUCUCACCAGCCCAAGCAGCCAACCCAUGCCAAAAAUGGCCAGCCUUAACCUUUCAAUUUAAAAAGAAAAAAAAAAACAGGGGGAUGAGAAAAAAGAUAAAUCCCCACUUAUUAUUAUAGGGGGUUUAAUUAGUAUGGGUUUCUCAUUGGUAGAAAUGAACGUAAUAGUUUCACACCAAUUUGAGUUAACAAGUGUGUUCUUGUUAACCAUGUUAGAGGACUUUUAUUGGUAUCUUGGUUUCAAGAUAUGUAAUUCCAGCGCUAUGUAAUAUUUAUAUGUAUGGUAAUGAUCACAAGCUUAUUACACA